AUGUGCGCGCACUUGGCGCUGCCGCCGUGCCCCGCGUACCCCGGCGGGGCUGCCCGGGGCCCCCUGGAGCUCUGCUGGAGCGCGGCGGGGGCCGCAGCACAGGCCCCCACAGCGGCCGGGCCCGCCGGACACGCCGGGCACUCUCCGCAGGCUGCGGGCAGGAGGCACACGGCAGAAGUGUCCCCAGCUUCAUCCAGUUCUGGGAAUUUCAGCCAAUUCACACCAGAUUCAGCCACCAGUCCACAUUCCUCAUCCUCAUCCCCACAGCCUUCAGCUAAGUCUCAAAAGGGCAGAGAAUAUGGUGUGGAGGGGAUCAGGAAGACCAAGAGCCGGACAGCUUUCUCCAAGGAGCAGCUGCUAACCCUGCACCAGCGCUUCCAGAGCCAGAAGUACCUCAGCCCCCAGCAGAUCCGGGAGCUGGCUGUUGCCCUGGGGCUCACCUACAAGCAGGUGAAGACUUGGUUCCAGAACCGGAGGAUGAAGCUGAAAAGGUGCCAGAAGCAGAGCCUGUGGAGCGAACGGGCUCAGUGUCUCACUCAAAGUGGCUUCCAGAGCGGAACUUACCUGGACGUGCACCCCAAAUUCCACCAGGGCUACCCCAUCACCACAGCUGGCAACGUGCAAACCAUGCCUGCCCCCUGUCAGCACUAUGGAGCAGGGCAGAACGCUUACACAAUCCUGACCAGUGAGGAUGGAGGAGUCUUUGGCAAAGGCGGGGGGACCUGCAGUGUCCAGCAGACAGUGGGCUUCAUUGCUCAGCACAAAGUAGACUUUUACCACAGCUAUCCUGGCAGUGUGGAAUAUCCAGGCUCCAAGACAGGGGAUGGCUGUAAUUUUCACCACUCAGCCACCAUGGGGGCUCCUUUUCCAACUGCUGCCAGCCAUCAUCUUUAUCAUUCCUAA